ACUGCCCAAAUAUUAAAACAACUGUAUCGGUUUAGGUCAUUUUUACGGUGCUGUCAGCGAGACCAGAAGAAGCAUGGCCACUGCACAGUCCACACUGAUGUUUGCAGUCUGCAUCUUGAUGAUAACAGAACUCAUACUGGCCAGAAAGGACUACUAUGACAUCCUCGGUGUGCCAAAAGAUGCUUCUGAGCGUCAGAUUAAGAAAGCUUUUCACAAGCUUGCCAUGAAAUAUCACCCAGACAAGAACAAGAGCCCUGAUGCGGAAAACAAAUUUCGAGAGAUUGCCGAAGCAUACGAAACCCUGUCAGAUGAGAAAAGACGGCGAGAGUAUGACCGGCUAGGACACAGUGCAUUCACCAAUGACGACACGAAUGGAGGAGGAGGAGCAGGGCAGCGUUUCCAUCAUUCCUUUGAUUUCAACUUUGAUGACAUGUUCAGAGACUUUGACAUUUAUAGCCAAAAUAGGCACGCUCGCCCAAAACGGCACUUUGAAGAGCACUUCAGGGCCCACCAGCAACAACACAAUCGCCACAAGAGACACUACCAGGGUUCUUUUGGAAACGGAGCCUUUGAGGAUAUGUUUGAAGACAUGGAGAAGAUGUUUACAUUUGACCGACACGUAAAGAGGACAGAUAGCAGGUUUCAGGGCACAACCAAACAGCACUGUAGGACGGUGACCCAGCGAAGAGGAAACAUGGUCACCACGUACACAGACUGCUCUUCAUCCUGAACGCCAACCUGGAAAGUUUAAAUUGAGUUAUUCAUUUGCUGCUGUGACAAACAAGGAUUGGUUUUGUCCUUGACUGGUCUGUUUCAUAUGAUGAGGAUUGGGCUAUUUGGAGAUUUAGUUACUUUGACUGACAUCUAUAAUUAACACUAUGUUGUGUAGCGACCUCUGUAUGCCUAAAGUAUACUUUAUUUACACAUGUUAGCGUAUGCGUUUAGUUGAAAGCAAAGCCCUUAUGAAUAAGAUAUGCUAUUUAAUAAUAUUUACAAAAAUAGAUGUUUGGCACUUGCGCGCUAACAAGAUUUUUGCUUAUCCAGAGUAUGCGCUUUGUCUCUCUAAAGAUUAUGAGCUUUUAAAAUGUCAAUAUGUGUUCUUUGAUCUCAUCGCACAUUUACUCGACUUUUGUAGUUUUUGUUUUACUUUCUUUUUUUUUUCCUGACUGUAAAACAAUGGUGCAGUGUUUACAGCUUGUGGACAAACAAAGCAGUGCAACAACAAAUGUGUGUACAUUGUGCACACAGUUAAAAUACUUUUGCAUAUUAUCCAUAUACCCUUGCCACGUGUGCAUAAAAAUGAAAGUAAACUUGUUUUAACACGUAAAUUUAUGUACGUGCGCCGCCAUGUAAAAUUUACUUCAUGAGUGUUCAAGAACCCUUAAGCAUCAAAGAGCUUCAUCCUAGUCUGCGCUUUGUCUAUUUAAAAGAUCUUAGCGAUAAAAUGUCUUCGACUUUGUUAAAAAGAAAAAGUUUUAAACGUCUUUAAAUUAAUUCACGUAUACAUGCAGUUGCCUAUGUAGGCAUCUAUUUUAUUUUUGUCAUCUUUAGUAAUUUGUUGUUGUUGUUCCUUUCUUUUCUAACUGCGAAACAACAGCUGGCUCAUGAGUGACCUUGUGGGCAAACUAAGUAGUGCAAAAACUGUUCAAAGUUUGAAUUUUCUCGAUUAGUAAACUAAUUUCACUACAUGUGUGCUUUGAUGACAAAAUUGUACGCAUACCCUUGCAUAUGUGUAAAAACCAGUGUAGACUUGUUUGUAGCAAGCACACACUUAAACACAAAGCCCCUGCUACUGUAAAUAUAUAACUAUGCUAUAAGUAUAUAUACAAAAUCAUGCAUUCAACAUAUGCACACUAGUCAUUCUCGUCCAGUGUCUGCACUUUUUCCUCUCCAAAAGUUAUGAGUGAUUACAAAUCUCUGUAUAAAUCUAUGUUCUUUAAUCCCAUCAUGCAUUGCGUUUGUUGUUUUUGCCAUUUUUAGUUGUUUGUUGAAAUUUGGGUUGUGCAAUUUACGCAUAUCCUAGCAUACAUGUGAAAAUUAAAGUAUACUUUGGGCUUAAUAUUCAAACUUUAGAUAUUUUAUUAGUUUUUUUUCACCCCAAAACAUGAAAAAAUAUGGUCAUGAAUUUAUUGCUGACUUAACAUAGUUGAUGUUUUUCUAAUAGUAGUACGCAAACAUUUAAAUCGCACUUUUUCCUGAACAUAUGACGUGCAUAAUCUCCUGUUUUUACUAUACUAAAAAAAACGAUUGUGCUGAAAUCGCUAAUUAUGAUAAAAUGCAUCAUAUUUAGCACUUCCAUUUGCUUAUUCACUUAUACCAAGUUGUAUAUUUUGUUGUGUUGUGCUGAAUGCUUACUAUAUGAGUCUUUGAGAUUCCCUCAUCCUUUGUUUUUAUGUGAAGCUUAACAAAUGUUUGCUGUGAAGAAUGUAGUUCAUCAUAUUGAAGUAGUUUCUUUCAAACUCACACUUGCUAGAUAGUGCCUUCCCCACUCAUUUUAGUAGAUCAAGUUAAACGUAAUCAGAUUGGAGCACUUUUAUGACCUCACAUGUAUUAUUUACUUUGCAUGGCAGAGAGAAAGUAGUUUUUUUGUCGUGUACAGCGAUUAUCCAGUUGGGUUGGUAAACAGCUUUUGUUUUAGGAAAGUACAAGUCUGGCAUUGUUCUCUAAGCCAGAGUGUGUUUGGGCUGAACCUUUUCUAUGUUUGCGACAAAACAAAAGAGUUUAGACUGAUUUCAACUGGGGAAUGUACCAACUUGGCUUUUGCCUGCAGAUGUAAAGAUGUGGGUUUUUUUGUGUGUAAAUAUGAUGUAUAAUCCAGCUGUGUUCCUGUGUGACAUCACCUGUGACCUGUUUUGUUGAACAAUCCUAUGUGUGCAAUAUUUAAAGGCAGCUCUCCUGUUGGUUUACCUGUCAUCUGCUGACAUAGUUAUGUUCUGAGUCUCCGUAGACUCAUCUGGCACUUUCCUUAUUUUAAUCCUAUGGAUGAAAAAUAAAUCUGACAUAACCUGUUUGACCCCGGAUGUAUGUACAGUAUACUUGGGUUAACAAUAAAAAGUGUUCAAAAUACA